GUCCGCGGUGCUGAACUCGCGGCGCUCGGCCCGGCGGGGUGGCGCAUCCCGCAGGCCUCUUCCUGUGCGGGCGGGAGCGGGAGGGCGCGGCGGCACCUCCUUCUCACAAGGGCUGCUGGGGAGCUUCGCACUCCGAACGGUGCUGGGAGUCGCGGAACCCUUCGCCCCCUCCGCGAUGUAGGGGCCGCAGAGACGGGCUGGGCCCCGGCGAGGCGGGUGCAGAGGAACGGCGCGUCGGAGCGCUGCCGAACCGAGCUCAGACAGGGGGUGCUGAGAAACCCCGAUAGCGGACGGGGACGGAGUCCGGCGCUGGGAGCGUUCGCGGUCCAGCGGGAGGCUCGGCCUGGCCAAUGGCAGCUGCAGCGCUGUCACUGGCGGAUGGCAUGACGCCCAUCCUUCCUGGCAGCACCACUCUGAGGGACAAGCAGCGCAGGGGGCACGAUGACCUCUGUAUUUUUAGCCGCAGACCCAGGAGCAGAUCCCAUUACUUAUCCACACCACGAGCUUGUUCUCUCGAUCUCUCCAGGGCUUGCAGGAGAGGGCCGUUGCCCUUCCCUGGCCAUGCUGGGAGGAAGUCAGUUCUGGUAUACUGCUCUGCUGGCAGAGAGCUAGGAGCUGCCCAAUGCUGGGGAUGUCCCUGGGCCAUGCCUGGGCAGCCUACCUCGGUGCCUCCCUGGCAGGGCCAUCUCACCUCUCAGGCUGCCAGUGAGGCAACUGCCUGUACCGACCAUGGUGCAGGGGGUCUGCUGCUGCAGCAGCAGCUCUGGCAUCUCUGCAAACCAUCCUGCUCAGCACUCCCCUGUUCCAUGCCAGGGCACCAGGUUGCAGCCCAGAGGCCACUGUGCAACCAUUUUCUCACCAGUUUAUUGCUUACUGCUCCCUGCAGCUGGGAGCAGCUGUGGGAGCUUUCUCCCUUGCCUCACCCUGUCUCUGCAUAGACAACCUCUGGAGUGACCAGAGCCUGGAGACGGACCCUGACCUUCCUCCCGGCUGGAGAAAAAUCCAUGACUCUCUGGGCACCUACUACUGGCACGUGCCCACGGGCACAACACAGUGGCAGCACCCUGCUCUCUCUAGCAACCUAGGAGGAUUCCUGGAGGCUGAUGGAGAGGAGACGCUCCAGGAAACGGUAUAGGACAUGGGCAGGGAAGGAAGGGCUGGUGCUGGAUCCCAACAGCCAGUGUGCAGACACAGAAGUCUCUGGGUACUUUGUGCAGCCACCAUAGCAGGACUCUGUCACCCCAAAGUCGUGCUCAGUCCAUUCCUAGCCAGCGUUAAGUCCCUUGAAGAACUUCAGGAAGCCCCACAGUGUCCCCACCCCAGCCAUUCUGCCAGGCUGUCCAUGAGCUGAGAUUGCUUUCCCAGAAGGGAGGCCUCUUACGGGUGCCUCUGCAGAUAUAUGUUCUCCUGACAACCCCUCUUCUUUCUCAGGACUGCCAGGUCUCUGUGGUGAAGCACACAUCAAAAGCCAGGCCUGUUCCCAGCCCCAUGGCCUCUCUGACCAGGAGGGCAUCGCUGACAUGGCAAGGUGAUGACUUCCAGCAGUGUGGUGCAGAGCCCAGCUCCAAGCCCGGCAGAGGCCCACCAUCUCUCUGCUCAGUGCUUUGCUGUGCGCUCACUGGGCUGGGUGGAGAUCCCCGAGGAGGACCUAGCGCCUGGCAAGAGCAGCAUUGCUGUCAACAACUGCAUCCAGCAGCUCUCCAACAGCCAGGGCCGAGGCUCUGCAGACAGCUGGGGAGAGGGCCAGGACCUGGUGAUGAUCCUGAAGAAGGACACCAUGAGCCUGGUGGACCCUCUGGACCACAGCCUCAUCCACUGUCAGCCCAUCCUCAACAUCCGCGUCUGGGGCGUCGGCUGCAACAAGGGCAGGGACAGGGACUUCGCCUUCGUGGCGAGCGACAAGGACACCUGCGUGCUCAAGUGCCACGUCUUCCGUUGCAACGUGCCCGCCAAGGGCAUCGCCAAGGCGCUGCACGGGAUGUGCUCCCAGAUCGUGGCAGAGCGCGCAGCAGCGGGCAGCAGACUUUCACCGCGCAGCGCCGCGCUGGAGUCCAUCUCCGCGGCCACGUGGCCCCUGCGUACAGCGGACGUCCAGGACGCCGUAGGGAGGCCGCCCCGGCAGUACGAGGCGUUGUACAUCGGCAGCCGGCCCGUGCCCAGGGCAAUGGGUAAGGCCGCCCCGCCGCAGCCCCGCCUCAGCCCCGCAGCGGGCGGGGAGCACCGCGCGCCUCUCCCCGCAGGGAUGGACGUGCUGAACGCCGCCAUCGAGCAGCUGCUGGCGGGCCCCGGGCGGCACAGCUGGACGCCCGCCCACGUCUACGUGUCCGACACGGCCGUGCGGGUGCGGCGGGCGCAGGUGGGGCCGGGCCGGGGCCGAGGGGAGCGCGGCGGGGUCGGGGCGGGACCGGCGCGGCGCCCGCAGGAGGAGGACGGGGCGCACGUGUGGCAGUGCGAGGUGCGCUACGUCACUUUCCUCGGCGUGGGCCGCGACGCGCACACCUUCGCGCUGAUCGCCGACACCGGGCGGCGCUUCCAGUGCGCGGCGUUCUGGUGCGAGCCCGACGCGGGCACCAUCUCGGAGGCGGUGCAGGCAGCCUGCAUGGUGAGCGGGGCGGCGCGGGGCGACGGGGAAGCGGAUCGGGAGCCGCCCGCCGCCACGCCGCCCGCGUACCCGCAGGUGCAGUACCAGAAGUGCCUCGUGGCCGCCGCGCCGGGGCCGAAGGCGAAGCGCGCUACCGCCGGGGGGGCGAAGGCGGGCGGGGGCAGCGGCGGCGCGGCGGGGCCCGGUCCGCGGAAGCGCGGGGUGCUGUCGCUGCUGGAGGCGUUCCGCCAGCGGCACGCGCUGCUACACCUGCCCUAACGCGGGGCUGCGGGGCUCGGCCACACCGCGCCCCUCCGCCGCCCGCCAAUAAAGCUCCGCAGCCAGCUCUGCCUCCGCCCUCGGUUCCGCCCUCGGUUCCGCCUCGCCGUGGCGCCUAGCGGGAGGG